AUGUUCAUUUUACUUUCUAAUGUCAUCGAUUGCAACCUUAGUCAACGCUGCCUAGAAGAAUCCCCAGGGAGUCCCCUGAAAAGUCCCCAGGGGACUCGUCGGGGGAGAGUGGAUUAUGGAAAUCUUAUUUCUAUUUUGUCUGGUUUAACAACACGAAUGUUAGCAGGUUAUGCUGCUGAUUUAACAAAUACCAUUGGUUGGCUUUGUAAAAUUCGGAUAUUUUUCCUCAUGACUUCGAGAACUGUUGCAUUGGCAAGUGUUGAUCGAUGGUUUUUACUAUCAACUCUUCCGAAACAUCGGCAAAGAAGUUCAUUAAAAGAUGCAGAUCGAAGUACAUUUAUGACUAUCUUAAUCUCAAUUAUUAUAUAUGCUCAAUUAGUUUAUUGUUAUGAAGCGAAUUGA